AUGCUUGGCACAUCCUCCGAAACCGAAGUAACGGGCCCCAACACCAAGUACUUGGCACAGGCUAUAGACCACGACGUCCUCGCCGCGCGUGGUGUUGGCGCGUUCUCCCCACCUGUGUCAACAUCGCCAAUCUUCCACGCCACCUGUCCGGCCGCAACAAAAGAGCUCCAGCGUGCCCCUCUCAUCGACGAAUGCAUCAAACGCCUGCAAGACGAGAAGAAGGAUAGUGUGAAGGCUUCUCCGAGCUUCAAGACGACAGAAAUCCGGGGCCUGGCCAACAACAAAAUCGGAUUCGUCUCCGCGAUGCGGCUCUCCACAGUCCAGACACUCCUCGCCCGCUACGUAUCCAUGAACGAUCUCGCAGCCCUUGCCAAUGCAUGCUCGGCCAUUGGAGGUUCCCUGAACCUGGGAGAUGAACAUAGCAGGAAGAUGUUUGAGGGUUUGACCAAGAACAAUCGAGAGGCUCUUGAGAGGUUGCGUGGACCGCGCACCAAGCGGAAGCUCGACGGUGGUGGAGAGACUGUGUAUGCACCAUUAUGGCGCCCUCAGUCGCGAGAACGAAAGAGGCUCAAAGCUUUCGCCUCGGUUUCCAUAUAUGACUAG